ACACAAUUUUGAGUAAGAAGAUAGCCAUCAAAGCUCACCUCAAAAUUUAUCAACAAAUCCUUACUUCAUUUAAACCUCAAAAUCAUUGCCCAGAAUGCUAACCUCAACCCAAAUCUUCAUACUCUUAAUCUUCAUUUUCCCCUUAUAUGGAGACUCCCAGCCCAGUAGCAUCAUUUCUGAAAGAUCAAUUCUUCUUGAUUUAAGGAACCACUUUUCAAACCCACCAAACAUCUCUCACUGGACUUCAUCAUCAGACCACUGUAACUGGCCGGAAAUUACCUGCCGGAACGGCGUCGUCACCGGAAUUCAGCUUGGUUGGCUAAUGAUCAAUGACACAAUCCCACCCUUCAUCUGCGACCUCAAAAAUCUCACUCUUCUUGAUCUCAACCACAACCUAAUCCCUGGGCCAUUUCCUACCUUUCUGUACAAUUGUUCCAACCUCGAAAACUUGGACCUUUCUUUUAACAGCUUCAGUGGCAUCAUCCCUGAUGAUAUUAGCAAGCUUUCGCCUCGGCUCGAGGUUCUUAAUCUGUCUGCUAACUAUUUCAUGGGUGGAAUUCCAGCUGGAAUUGGAGGCCUAAAAGGUCUAAAGGAGCUUCAGCUAGCUGGAGUGAUGUUAAAUGGCUCAUUCCCUUCAGAGAUUGGCAACUUGUUGAAUCUUGAAGUUCUUGUUCUGAGCCAGAAUAGUUUCUCACCACAGGAAAUCCCACCAAGUUUUACACAGCUGAAGAAACUGAGACUCUUGUGGAUGCAACAGACCAAUUUGAUUGGCAAAAUCCCAAAAAAUAUCAGUGCCAUGGAAGCUCUAGAGUACCUGGAUUUAAAUACAAAUGACUUGAGUGGAAACAUUCCAAGUGACUUGUUCAUGCUCAAGAAUUUGACCACGGUUUUCCUCUACACAAACAGAUUGUCUGGGCCUAUUCCCCGUCCCGUUAGGGCAUUGAAUUUGAAUGUAAUUGAUUUUUCUAAUAACAGCUUGACGGGGAGCAUUCCAGAAGACUUCGGAAAGAUGGUAAAGUUGGAAGAUUUGGCCUUGUACUCGAAUCAGUUAUCAGGAAAAAUACCAGUAGGCAUAGGCAGAUUGCCCGCACUGUCUUCUAUUGAACUCUUCAUGAAUAAUCUGUCCGGUGAACUUCCGCCAGAUUUUGGUCGAUUUUCGAAGCUUCAAGUUUUUGAUGUUUCCACAAACCAUCUUACAGGAUCACUCCCAGAUGGUUUGUGUGAAAAUAAGGUGUUGGGUACCAUGGUUGCCUUUGACAACAAUCUCACCGGUGAGCUAGCAAAAUCACUUGAGGAUUGCAACACCUUGAGAGGGGUUAGGGUUGAGAGAAACAAUCUUUCAGGUACAAUUCCUGAUGGUUUGUGGACAGCUAGGAAUUUGACAAGGUUGUUGAUUAGCAAUAACAUGUUCACUGGUCAGCUGCCACAAAAAGUGGCACCGAAUUUAUCUCUACUUGAUAUUGGGCACAACCAAUUUUCUGGUGAAAUUCCUGAAGAUUUAUGGACAGCUGAGAAUUUGGCAGUGUUGAAGAUUAACAAUAACCAGUUCACUGGUCAGCUGCCACAAAAGAUGGCAUCAAAUUUAUAUAUAGUUGAUAUUAGCAACAACCAAUUUUCUGGUGAAAUUCCUGAUGGUGUUUGGACAUCUGGGAAAUUGUACUGGUUGUUUAUUAAGAAUAACCAGUUCACUGGUCGGCUGCCAAAAAACAUUACAUCAAAUUUAUCUAAUCUUGAUAUUAGUAACAACAAAUUUUUUGGUGAAAUUCCUCCGGAAAUCUCUUCUUGGAGCAAUCUAUAUAUCUUCAGUGCCAGCAAUAAUCUCUUAACAGGUCAAAUUCCUCAUGAACUCACUGCCCUUAGAUCUUUAUCAGUCCUUAUGCUCGAUGGGAAUAAGCUUUCUGGAAAUUUUCCUUCAAAUAUUAUAUCUUGGGAGUCACUAUCCACAUUGACAUGCAGCAGAAAUCAGCUUUCAGGUACAAUCCCUCCAGCACUAUGUCAGUUAGCAAGCCUUAAUCGGUUAGACCUGUCUCAAAACCAAUUCUCAGGAGAAAUCCCUCCAGCACUAAGUCAUCUGGUAAACCUUAAUCAGCUAGACCUCUCUGAGAACAAAUUCUCCGGAGAAAUCCCUCCAGCACUAAGUCUUUUAGUAAACCUUAAUCAGCUAGACCUCUCAGAAAACCAAUUCUCAGGAGAAAUCCCACCUGAAAUAGGUCAUUUGGCUGUAAAUUCACUUAAUCUGUCCUCCAAUCAUCUCUCGGGGAAAAUUCCAGAUGAAUUUGAAGUUGAAUCUUUUCGAAAGAGCUUCUUGAAUAAUCCUGGUCUCUGUGCUACUACGCCCUCAUUAGGCCUCAGGGAUUGUAGAGCAAAAACUGAGAAAUCCAAACUUAUUGCCAUUAUUGGAAGUUUAGUAGCUUUUUUGUUUCUAGUUGCCAUUCUAUAUAUGGUGCAUGUGUUCAAGAUUAGAAGAUUGGAAGAAAAGAAAAGAAAAGAAGCAUUGGUUCAACACUGGAAGCUUACACCAUUCCACACAUUAAACUUCACGGAAUCAGACAUUUUACCAAAUUUAGCAGAGGAAAAUUUGGUCGGGAGGGGAGGAUCAGGGAAAGUUUAUGUUGUGGCGUUAAGUACCGCAGAAAAAGUUGCUGUUAAGAGUAUUCGGAACAACUACAAGUUGAGUGAGAAGGUGUUUCUAGCAGAAGUUAAGAUACUGGGCACAAUUCGUCAUUCGAAUAUAGUGAAGCUCUGGUGCUGCAUCUCAAGUGAAGAAUCAAAGUUACUUGUUUAUGAAUACAUGGAAAAUAGCAGCCUGGAUCAAUGGCUUCAUGCAAAGAGAAGAUCACCCGGCCAAUUCCUGGAUUGGCCUACUAGGCUGCGCAUCGCAAUUGGAGCUGCUAAAGGCCUCUCAUAUAUGCAUCACAACUGCUCACCACCAAUUGUUCAUAGAGAUGUGAAAUCCAGUAAUAUUCUUUUAGAUUCUGACUUCAAUGCCAAGAUUGCAGAUUUUGGCCUCGCCAAAAUAUUGAUCAACCAUGGAGACCCCAACACAGUCUCAACUGUUGCUGGCUCCUUUGGCUAUAUAGCUCCUGAGUACGCAUAUACGAAAAAAGUGAACGAGAAGUUCGAUGUGUAUAGUUUCGGGGUGAUCCUUUUGGAACUAGUGACAGGAAGAGAGGCGAUUGAUGAGGAUAUGGGUUGUGGGCUAGCUGAUUGGGCGCGACACCACGUUGAAGAAGGAAAUCAAAUAGUGGAUGCUCUAGAUGGGGAUAUCAAGGAGGCAGAGAACUUAGAUGAGAUGUGUGGAGUGUUCAGGCUAGGGAUCUUCUGUACUGCUUCAAAUCCUGCUAAAAGACCCACCAUGAGAGAGGUCUUGCAGAUUCUCCUGUAUUGCAGCCCACCAUCACCAAAUUAAAUGGAAGCCAAUUAAGUGUCAGCUAGUAAGGGGACAUUGGAAGAUGAAGAUGAUGGUUUAAUUUUAAGCCAUCUGUUGUAUUUUAAAACCAUAGGUUGUAUCGACAGAUUAUGUCAAAAUAAUAACAACACUAUUACAUAAUUUUUU